AUGUAUUUCAAGACUCUUUCCGCGAUAUUUGACUUCGAUGCCCGACGGAAGGAUGCCGAAUUCUACCGCAAUUUCAUCCACAAAGCUCUCAAAUCACUGGUCCACGACCAAGGCCGACGCUUCGGCGCCCUGAUCAUGGAGCCAAUCAUCAUGGGGGCUGGCGGCAUGAUCUUCGUCGACCCGCUAUUCCAGCAUCUCCUCAUCACCACAAUCCGCAGCGAACCGAGCCUGGUGAAUCCGACCUACACCACUCCUCAAUCCAGCGUGACCACAUCCUUGCAUCAAGAUGCGCAAAGAGACUGGUCUGGCCUCCCUGUCAUCGCCGACGAAGUCUUCACAGGCCUCUACCGCCUUGGCCGAGCCUCCUCAUCCAGCUUCCUCGGACCCAGUCCCAUGGCCGCCACCAACGCAACCCAGCCACUCUCCCUCUUCACAGCCCCAGACAUAUCUGCGCACGCCAAGCUCCUAACCGGCGGCCUCCUCCCCCUCUCCAUCACCACCGCGAGCGACGCCAUCUUCCGCGCCUUCUACAGCUCCGAGAAACCCGAUGCUUUACUCCACGGACACAGCUACACCGCGCACCCGAUCGGCUGUUCUGUAGCGAAUUGGUCGCUGAAGAAGAUGGAGGAGUUGGAUGCGUCGGAGACGUCGGAGUGGAAUAAGUUUCGCGCUGCUUGGUCUUCGCCAGCCUCACGUACCAGUUCUGAUGCUUCGACUGGCAGCGAAAGUGUUGAGUCAACGCAUUCCGCUGGGCCAUCUCACUGGUCCGUCUUCCCACCCUCCCUCCUGGACACACUCUCCCACCACCCCCUCCUCUCCGGCGUCUGGUCCCUCGGCACAGUCCUCGCCCUGACGAUGGCACCCACUUCCUCGGGCUCCGGAGGCUACGCAUCCAACGCGACCGCCUCCCUACAAAGCCGCCUCCUCACGACCCUCGACCCCACCACUGGCCAAGGAAUCCAUGCUAGGGUACUGGGCGAUGUGAUUUAUGUGAUGACGAGUUUGACGACUACCAAAGAGAGCGCGGAUCGUGUCGGGAAGCUGUUGUUGCGGGCUUUGGAGGAGGAAGAAGUAGAGCGGGAGCAGCAGUAG